GACAUCAUUCCACUACGAGCAGGCUGCUGGAGAAGAGGCGGUUCAGAAUGGCUCCAAAAAGAAAACAAACACAGACAUUAAAAAAUCAAAAAAUAUUUAAAGCAAGUGAAGAAUCUACAAUUCCAAGGCAAAAGGAUUCUGACACUAGCAAAUACUUCCUAAAUGAGAAAAUUCGCCUUUCAUCUGACUUUUAUGAAAAGCCCUGCAUUGAUCUGGCUAAAUCUUUCUUAGGGCAGAUUUUGGUUCGUACGCUGCCAGAUGGAUCAGAACUUCGUGGCAGGAUUGUUGAGACAGAGUCCUAUUUAGGAGGUGAAGAUGAAGCUUCACAUUCCAGAGGCGGCAAGCGGACAGAGAGAAAUAUUGCAAUGUACAUGAAACCUGGGACGAUUUAUUAUGUGUAUCAGAUUUAUGGUGUAUACUUCUGUAUGAAUGUUUCCAGUAAAGGAGAUGGUGCAGCAGUUCUUUUAAGAUCUCUAGAGCCUAUAGAAGGCCUUAAUGAAAUGAGAAGCUUUCGAAGUAAUCGAAGAAAUGCAUUAAAGCCAUUGAAAGACAAAGAGCUUUGUAAUGGACCCUCAAAACUCUGUCAGGCUUUGGAUAUUGAUAAGAGUUUCGACCGCCGAGAUCUAUCCAGUGACCUGAAUGCAUGGUUGGAGGAGGGGUCAGAAGUCAUGGAAAAAGACAUUGUAUCUUGCGCACGGAUUGGGAUUGGUUAUGCAGGAGAGUGGACACACAAAGCUCUGCGUUUUUAUAUUAAAGGCAACCAGUAUGUUAGUGUGCGAGAUAAAACUGCAGAGGGUGGUAUGGAGUUUGUCCAUACAAAUGUACUUGAAGAUAACAAGUGA